AUGGGGGAGGCUAAAGUUCAUUUCUUGCACCAAGAAGAGUUGCUGGAGUGCCUCCGGCAGGCUAUGGAACAGAAGCUGGCGGGCGCGAACCAGUCCAGAACCUUCUACAGUCAGGUCAUCCUUCCAGACAUGGACUUCGGCACGCCUGAAACCACCACAACGACGGCCGCAGCCGGGACCAGCAGCAAGAAUCCCGGGGACAGAGGGGAUGCAUCCCCGGAUACCGAAGGCCCCACUCCGCCUGAAGGCAGCGGCGGCGGCGGUGGCGCCUCCGCUAGUCAGCGGUUAUCGUCCCGCCGCUCCCCGCCCGCCCCCCGCAAUGUCGGCCUCGAGGCCAUGGUAGAAAGCGACGAAGGUGACGAGGAGGAGGCAGGGGGCGACGCUGGAUCAUCUUCCGGGGAGGGNGACAACGUGGGCCAGGAGGAGGAGGAGGGGAAAUGUUCCGCCUCGGUGGCGACUAGCGGGGAUCGAUCACAAGAAAAGCCGAGUGCUGGCAACGGUACCGGCGGCGCGGUGGCAGCAGAGGCGGAACGCCCGGACGAGGAAAAAACGCCGCAGACGAAGCCUAGUAGCAACAACAAACAGAACAAGAUGAAACCGUCGAAAAGGAAGAAGCAGGCCAAGCCGUUCGCGGGCAUAAGCAAGCUCGGCGGCCCACACCAGAACUGCAACUGCUGCGGAGGCAGGGCCCCGCGAGGCCCCGACGGGUCCAUUGUUUUGACGCAGGGAGCGGGUGCGACUGGCGGCAGUAGCAGCAGCAGCGGCACCCCCGGGGAUGGUAUCGAUGGCGUCCCCUACCGAGGAACCCCUUCUUCUCAGGACAGCAGUAGCAGCAGCCAGGCGGCGGCGGUGAGAGCGCAGCAGCAGCACAGGCGGCCGGACACCUUCGUUGAGACCAGCGUCAAGUACAACAGCGUCCGCUCGCUUAUCGCAGACUUCAAGACGCAGGCGAGUGAGACAGGGCUGAAACCUGAAGGGCGAGGUGGGGGGAGUCGUGGAGAUUUUCGGUUGUGCGUGGAGGCAUGCUCAUGGUUGUGCGCGCACAAGGGACUGACGCAGAUGCUCAGGAAGUACUCCUUCGUGGGCAUGGUCGACUUGCACCUCUCGCUGCUCCAGUUCAACACCAAGCUCGUGCUCGUCAACCACACGGCGCUCAGCACACCAGAGCUUCGUUCGUAGCUUUUGCUGCCGACCGCUUUAAUUUUGGUCACUCAAGUUCUCCCGUAAUGGGUUCAUAGCUAAUUUUCCGUCCCCGCCCCAAGAGGCCUCCGGCGACAAAACGUCAGGACACCACUACUACUCGAGACCAAAGCUACAGCACAAAAAAAAAUGAUGUGUCCCCUCGAGAGAGGAAACGCCUAUGACAUGGUAGCUGGCGUUGCUUGUGUGGCUUUCUUCGUGCUCGGUGGUGUAGAGCUGGCGUACAGUGGGCGAAAACACGACGCCUUCCCGCCCCCCUUGCCCGUACCGUAAGCAUGCGACGCGGCACGUUCGGCACACAGUAGCUGUGCAUGAUAAGUAGCAAACAAGGAACAAACUGCACCCCCCCCGGGUCUUUCUUCGUCCUCUCGAGGGCACAUGGCCAAUGGUCUAACCG